CUAAAGGUUAAUGCACUUCAAACCUGAAUAGCGUCUACUAUGAGCAGGCAUGCGAGCAGGCAACCAGAAGCGACGCGAAAUUUGCAUAUUUACCGAAUGCGGUGCGGAUGUGGCUGUCGCGGCGGCCAAUUUGCAGAAACUGCGCCUAACCCCACCCCGCCACGACUCGCACCGACCCGGCCCAAGCCAAGCUCCCCCGCCCACUGUCAAUCAUCUUCACAAGCGAUUUGUCAGCAUCCUGACGCUAAUAAUCCGCAACAACGCGCCCAGGAUCAUCAUGAUUUUUUACAACUUUUCAUUUUCGCGCUUGAGCUGCUUUAACUGCCGACAGACGACGGCGGAUUUGACUUGGAAUUUUUGUGGGCCGAGUCAGCCACAGGAUUUGGCCAUACAAAAUAAUGGGCGUGGCAGGCAUAUGUGCCGCGGCUGAGCCCAUAGCCGGGCAACUAUUC